GUGUGUGUGUGUGUGUGUGUGUGUGUAUGAGUAGUAUGUGUAACUCCACAUGGUUGUCAUCUACCUCAGGGUUGGAUGUGUUGAGAUGCUUUUCUGCUCACCACGCUUGUACAGAGUGAUUAUGUGAGUGAGUGUAGUGUUUCUCUCAGCUCUGGAUUUUCUCUUUCAUCUCGCUCGCUGGAUGUUUUUUGUUUUCUGCACCGCUCUGUGACUGAUGUGUGUAAGUAGCAGUUUCGGAAAAACCUAAACGUCUGGGACCAGCAAGCAGGUCUCAAUGUCUCUGAGCACCUCGCGAUUCCUGUGUAAAUGUGACAGCAGCGCGCGCGCAGGAGCAGCAGGUGCUUGAUGCGGGUGAGAGGGGAUCAGUGUGUGCGCGCAUGCGCGUGUACAGAACAAAGGGAGAAAAACAGUGGGCGGUGUCGCGCAAGUCGUGACGUGGGCCGCCUGCAGGGCGCUGAUUGGUCAGGGUAAAUUUGUGAAGUUAAGGAGACAGAGUGAAAGUGCAGGUCAGUUUGGCGAACGGAGAGAGUGGAGAAGAAGGGAAGAAGAAAUUUGUGGAGAAAAUGAAGCGGAGCCGCAAAUAAGCCCCAUUUACAACCUUAACAGAGAUCCAGGAGAACAUCUACCACAUCUACGGCAUCCGAAAUAUCCAACAGAUCCAAGAAUUCUAACAACUCGAGAAGAUCUUGCAAGUUUUGAUAGUUUUGGACUUUGGGAAGAAGGAAGCUCCAGUCCGAGCGUGUGUCCAGUGUUUUCUGACCUCUCCGGUUCCGGUUCUGGAGGUUGUGUUGAUCUGUUUGUACUUGUUCCUGGGGUUGGUAUCGUUGAGUGUCAGUGUGUGAAGCUCCCGCGACUCCGCGGUGCUGGGAUGGAGUUCAGUCCGGUUCCGAAGCCGCAGCUCUCGUCCAGAGCCAACGCUUUUUCCAUCGCGGCCCUCAUUUCCUCCAGCACAGCUAAAGACAAGGAGAACGAGGAGAACACCAUCAAACCUCUGGAGCAGUUCGUGGAGAAGUCUCGGUGUGUGGCGCGCGGCGGUGUGGGAGGUGUUGGUGGAGUUGGAGGUGCUGUUGCAGGUGUUGGUGCAGGUGUUGGUGGAGGUGUUGGUGGAAGUGUGGAGGCGGAUGUGGAAGUGGAGGUGAGCACAGAGCCGCUGAUCCCCUGCAGCCCCGCGGUACCGAGCGAACACAUGGCCAACAUCAACUGCAGCCUGGAGACCAAAGAGCUGUGGGACAAGUUCCACGAGCUCGGAACCGAGAUGAUUAUCACCAAGUCUGGCAGGAGAAUGUUCCCCACUAUCCGCGUGUCCUUCUCUGGAGUGGAUCCAGACUCGAAGUACAUUGUUCUGAUGGAUAUUGUUCCUGUGGAUAAUAAGAGAUACCGGUACGCGUAUCACCGCUCCUCCUGGCUCGUAGCAGGAAAAGCUGAUCCUCCCUUACCUGCCAGGCUGUACGUUCAUCCCGACUCGCCGUUCAGUGGAGAGCAGCUGCUGAAACAGAUGGUGUCCUUCGAGAAAGUGAAGCUUACCAACAAUGAGUUGGAUCAACACGGACACAUCAUCCUGAACUCGAUGCAUAAAUAUCAACCUCGUGUUCACAUCAUUAAGAAGAAGGAGCACACAGCGUCGCUGCUCAACCUCAAAUCUGAGGAGUUUCGUACCUUCAUCUUCACUGAGACCGUGUUCACUGCCGUCACCGCGUACCAGAACCAACUGAUCACUAAGCUGAAGAUCGACAGCAACCCGUUUGCUAAAGGCUUCAGAGACUCGUCUAGACUCACAGACAUCGAGAGGGAAAGUGUUGAGAGUUUGAUCCACAAACACUCGUACGCCCGCUCACCCAUACGGACUUACACUGGAGAGGAGGAGACGCUCGGAGAGGACACACACAACACACACACCCGGGGUUCUGCUUUCGCUGCAUCUGAGAAUCUUUCCUUGAGCUCGUGGGUUUCAGGUUCUUCUGGUUUUCCAGGCUUUCAGCCUCCUCAAUCCCUGGCCCACCCCAUUCAGGGCUCUUUGCCCCCCUAUGGGCGAUUGGCUAUGCCCCUGGCCCCCGGUCUGACAGGUGCGAGUGGGCCGAGCUUCCCCUCGUUCCACAUGCCGCGUUAUCAUCACUACUUCCAGCAAGGUCCCUACGCCGCCAUCCAGAGCCUGCGCCACUCCUCCACCGUCAUGACGCCCUUUGUUUAAGUGCCUCUGCCACCUACAGGCGCCAUAUAGAACACACACACACACACACACACACACACACACACACACACACACACACUUGCACUCACAGUUUGCAUGCUUUAACUCCUGAUUUAUUUUAGAGGAGGAA